CGGUGGGGGCGGCGCCGAGGCGGCCAUGGAGUGGGGGGACCCGGGUCAGCGGCGGCGGGGGACGGACGCGCCCUCGGGUCGCAUCAUCGCCGGGAAAGGGAGUCGGGGGGCAGCACAGGCCCCCGCGCUGCGGCCACCCCGAGGGCGGCGAUGGACAGGCGCCGAGUCCGAGUGCCAAACGCGCGCUCGCCCCAGCCUCACCGCCCGCCCGCGGCCGCAGCCACCGGAACCGGAACUCGGCUCAGCCGCCACCACGGAGCCGGCGGGGGAGGGCGGGGACUGGCCGAGACACUCCCAGAGCCCCACGACGGAGGGUGGGCCGUACCACUGCACGACCUGGGAGGGGGCCGUGUCCUGCGGGGCAGCGGCGCGGGCCCGCUCCUCCGGGCGGGCGGCGGCAGGCUGCCUCCGGGCCGGACCGUACCAUCCCGGGCCGAGGGGCGUGCGUGCGCGCCCUGGAGGCCGGGCCACCCCGAGGCUGGCAUCGCGGGGCCGCUCGCGAUCGGGGUCCCCUCUGCCGACGCGAGCCUCGCCCCCAGACGGCGGUCCCGCAGGCGCCGCUGGGCCACCCCCCCCCCCCCCCCCCCCGUGGUCGCGAGCUGUCGCCGGCUCGAGCCCGGCCCGAGCGAGGCCGGCUGGGUCCCGCCGCGGAGGGCCCACGGUGAACAAUAGGCAGCGACAAGAACUAAGAGGCCGAGGUAGAAGAAAUACGGACUUUUAAUCUUUUUUCCCUUUGGUAUAAGUAAGACCCGUGAGAACACCCAAACAACAAAAAUGAGGCGGCGAGGACGGUCAACGGUCCCUUCGCCAGCAGGCCUAGGGGAUGGCGGGGCCAGCUUCUCCGCGGCGGCGGGCCGGCUGUGGAAGGUAUGCAGUCACUGCGGGGUUUUAAGCUUCCCAGACACACUUCCGCCUCCCGGCCUCGCGUCGUCGGUGUUUCUGGUCCUCGUUCACAAUCGACUUCUCUGCCUUGGGUCUGUCUUAGAAAACAUAACGCUGCCGGCCCCAACUGCCUCACAGGCUGGGGUGAGAAAAAUGCCAAUAGUCGUAAAAGGGCUUUGAAAAGUCAAAAGAGGCGAAGUAUAAAUGUAAUCAGUUACCAUCAUUUUGUGCUCAAUAAGCCAUGGAAAACAAAUUACGAAAACUCUACAGCCCUAAAAUAGAUGCAUAUAAAAUAAAAAAUAAAUGCACUUCCAAAUCUA